GGAUAUGAUAUUGGUUUAUUGGUGGAUAUUGAGGAAAGAAAUUUUAAAAGAAAAAGAAUAUCCCGGACAUAGGAACGAGGGAUAUUUAGACGACAAAGAACGAAAAAGAAAAAAGAAAAAGGAACAGACUUUGUCACUGAAGCUCUUCGAACGAUUCUGGGUUAUUGAUUUUCAGGGCUCUGUUUGAAGCAUUGGUCAAUAGGUUUGAUGUUUUUCUCUGUUUAGGCAUGUCCAGUUCAUGCAGUAAGUUUGUUGCACAUGGCAGUGGCAGUUUCAGUUGUGCAAUCGUGUUUCAGUGGGAAUGGAUUGAGAAGUGCAAUAGCUUUUGAAGCAGAGAAGGGAUAUCGGAAUGCUUUGGGUAGAAAAAUGAGGUUCAGUAAUUUUGUCUUUUCCAAAAUAUCAAAAUUAUGUUUUCGAUCAAAGCAUACUUUUGUUAAAGAUGCUUUGAAGGAAGUAGAUAGUUAUGGCAUAGCAAGCAUCUCUGAUCGGUCAAAGUUGCUCAAUAAGGUUUCUGUUUUGAUGGGGUACGAUAGUCUUCAUAAUUUGAUUGAGAAUGAAAGAGCUGAAAAGCAGUCUGGUAUGUAUGUUAAAGAUGCAGUGGAUGAGUUUGAUGUUUCCUUGGCAUGUAGAAGAUUUCCGUCAAUCAUUUUGAGCAGUUCCCCUCGGGUAGAGUUGUAUGAUGGAACCACAAGUUUCACUGAAAGGAUGCUUUUAGAAACUCAAAGUUGUGAAGGAUUUCUGUCUGAUACUAUGGGUGAAAUGCAGUCCACGACUUUGGUUCCUGUUAAAAAUUCAUAUCAACCAGUUCCUACGGAGGAAUCUUCUAAGAAAGUUUCACUUGAAUCGCAAAAGGAUGCUGUGUCAGUUCAGUUGUCCCUGGACAGUUCUAUCAGUUGCAUACAUGGAAUAAGUAAAAAGCGUUGUCAUCAGCUAGAAAACUGUGGCUUUCAUACGUUGCGGAAAUUGCUUCACCACUUUCCUCGGACAUAUGCUGAUUUACAGAAUGCUCAGAUUAAAAUUGAUGACGGGCAAUACUUGAUUUUCAUUGGGAAGGUAUUAAAUUCGAGGGGAAUCAAAGCUAGUAGUACUUUCUCAAUUUUUGAGGUGGUUGUGGGUUGUGAAAUUACUGACAAUGAAUCAACUGAGCAUAUGAAUGAUUUUGGUGACAGUAGAAGAAAGAAGACAAUUUAUUUGCAUCUGAAGAAAUUUUUCCGUGGUACUCGUUUUACUUCUGUACCUUUUCUUAGAAUUGUUGAGGACAAGCAUAAAGAGGGGGACUUUGUAUGCGUCAGUGGCAAGGUGAGGACAAUGCCUUCUAAAGAUCACUAUGAAAUGAGAGAAUAUAACAUUGAUGUGCUUAAAGAUGAAAAUGAAGCGUCUUUUCACGCAAAAGGAAGGCCAUAUCCUAUAUACCCUUCAAAAGGAGGCUUAAAUCCAAAUUUUUUGAGAGACAUCAUUGAAAGAGUUGUACAGGUUUUGCCUGUCAAUGUUGAUCCUAUUCCUAAAAAUAUCAUUCUGGACUUUAGGCUGUUAAGCCUUCAAGACGCAUAUACUGGGAUUCACCAACCGAAGAGCAUAAACGAAGCUGAUUUGGCUCGGAAAAGACUAAUAUUUGAUGAAUUCUUUUACCUACAGUUAGGGCGCUUAUACCAAAUGCUUGAAGGUCUUGGUACACAAAUAGAGAAAGAUGGAUUGCUGGAUAAGUACAGGAAGCCCGAAUCAAGUGCUGCUUAUAUGGAGGAAUGGUCCAGUCUUACCAAGAAGUUUUCAAAAACUCUUCCUUAUACCCUUACUCCUAGUCAACUCACUGCUGUUUCAGAAAUUAUCUGGGAUCUUAGGCAACCAGUUCCUAUGAAUCGGCUUUUGCAGGGUGAUGUUGGUUGUGGGAAAACUGUGGUAGCUUUUUUGGCAUGCAUGGAGGUUAUUGGCUCUGGAUAUCAGGCAGCUUUCAUGGUUCCAACUGAGUUGCUUGCAGUCCAGCAUUACGAGCACUUAAAUAAUUUGCUUGAAAAUAUAGAGGAUUUUGAGUGCAAACCUUCUAUUGCUUUACUCACAGGCUCAACCCCAUCAAAACAAUCGCGGAUAAUUCAUAAGGGUCUCCAAACUGGAGACAUAUCAAUGGUCAUUGGAACCACUAGUUUAAUAGCUGAUAAAGUAGAGUUCUCUGCCUUACGCAUUGCAGUGGUGGAUGAACAACAACGUUUUGGUGUGAUCCAGAGAGGCCGGUUUAACAGCAAGCUAUAUUGUACCUCCAUAAGUUCUAGAAUGCUAGCCACCAAUUCAGAUGUGACCUCCAAGAAUGACAAGCAUAUGGCUCCUCAUAUUCUUGCCAUGUCAGCUACUCCCAUCCCAAGGACACUUGCUCUCGCUUUAUAUGGGGAUAUGUCAUUAACACAAAUAACCGACUUACCUCCAGGAAGAACACCAGUUGAGACCUUCAUCAUUGAAGGAAAUGACAAUGGGUUUGAGGAUGUUUAUGAGAUGAUGCUGGAUGAGUUAAAAGUAGGAGGGAAAGUGUAUCUUGUGUAUCCAGUCAUUGAACAAUCCGAACAGCUGCCACAACUUCGUGCAGCUUCCGCAGAUUUUGAAUUUAUAUCUAAUAGGUUCCAGGGCUACACAUGUGGAUUGUUGCAUGGAAGAAUGAAGAGUGAUGAGAAAGACGAAGCAUUGAGAAAGUUCAGAUUGGGAGAAACAGAUAUACUACUUUCCACACAAGUAAUUGAGAUUGGUGUUGAUGUUCCAGAUGCAUCUAUGAUGGUUGUUAUGAAUGCUGAUAGAUUUGGGAUAGCUCAGUUACACCAACUUAGAGGACGAGUCGGACGAGGAGUGAGAAAAUCUAAAUGUAUACUGUUAGCAUCUUCCGUCAGUAGUCUAACUCGUCUGAAGGUUCUGGGGAAAUCAUCAGAUGGGUUUUACUUGGCAAAUAUGGACCUUCUAUUACGCGGACCUGGUAACUUGCUUGGUAAGAAACAGUCAGGACAUCUCCCAGAGUUUCCUAUUGCAAGAUUGGAAGUAGAUGGCAACAUCUUACAAGAAGCACAUCUUGCUGCUCUGAAAGUUUUAGGUGUUUCACAUGAUUUGGAGCAAUUCCCGCUGCUGAAGACAGAGCUUAGCAUGAGACAGCCGCUUUCUAUACUUGGUGACUGAGUGUGGUCAUGGUGGCAAAAGCUUGAUGCUUCUGUAGGCCUUUCUCUGAGGUACCCCCUUAUAUGUAGUUGGCUGGCUUGAUUUUAUAGGGUUGGCUACUUGGAACCAAGAAAAGUUGGUAAUGGUUGAGUUAGGGGAGUAACUGGAUAUGCAGCCACCACCAGCAAAUGCAAGGAAGGAAUGUCGUAUCCAAAUUGGGUGUGGCCUCCAAAUAUGAAGGAAUGUCGUAUCCAAAUUGUUUGCCAUUGAAGUUACUGGUUGGUUGUUAAUUGACUGUUGAUUUGGCAUUUACAUAAUUUGAUAUGUCAGCAUCCUAAUUUGUCCCUUUGCUCGCAUACAAGAAUACUCAAACAUGUAUUUAUCUUUUGGGCUUUCACUUUUGUUUAUCUGUUAAACGACACCCAAAAAAGUGUUUUUUAAUUAAAUAAUAAUAACCUGAACAUAAUAGUAA